AUGCCGGUUAACUGCAGUGUCUGUAACUCAGCGUGUGAUGGUGAACCUAACUUGGUGAGGUGUGCAGAGAACUGUGGAGCAGUGUGCUAUCUUAACUGUGUUCCGCAGAAAACAAGGAGUUCCAAGAAAGAUUGGAUAUGUAAUUCCUGUAAACCGGAGUCCUCAUCAGUGGCCAGUAGCAAAUCAGCAGGAACCACGACCAUCAGCAAGGAGUUUCUAGUCAACACUAUCGAGGCAUUCAAGAAAGAAAUGCUGAAAGAGUUGAAGAAGAUUGCCACCGAGAACGUUAGCCUCAGCACCUCGUUGAGCUUCCUCAAUACCACAGUUGAGAAAAGUAACAAACUAAUGGAGAAUGUCAGGAAAGAAUUAAAGAAAACCCAGGAAGAUAACCUUAAGCUUCAGAAAGAGAACUUGGAGCUACGGAACAACGUGUCGAAUCUGGAGGUACGGGUGAGAAACCUAGAACAGUACUCCAGGAAACAAAAUAUAGAAAUCGACGGAGUGCCUGAAUCAAAUAAUGAAGAUGUUUACGCCAUCAUCCACGACGUUGGGAGAGCCAUCGGAGUCGAGCUGAAGAGAGAAAGAGUGGUAGCAGCUCACCGCAUACCUUCCUUUAAUAAGAAGAGGACGCCGCCUAUCAUUGUCCGUUUCUCUACCUUCGAGGAAAAGGACGUCUGGAUCAGCAGCUUCAGGAACGUGCGACCACUGACAGCCAAUAAGAUCAACCCGAGAUUCAACUUACAGAAUAAAGUGUUUAUCAAUGAACAUCUCUCGCCAGAAAAUAAACAACUCCUCUCAAGGACCAAAGAGGCUGCGAAAACGAAGGGGUACAAAUACGUGUGGACCAGGGACGGCAAGAUCUUCGUGCGAAGAGGCGAAGGAGAAAAAUGUAAGAAGGUUGACACUUUCGCUGAUUUAGAUAAGUUGUAA